GAUUUUCUCUUCUGUCGUAGAGUUCAGGGUCCCACACUCUGCCUCUGGCGCACAUGAAACCGUCGACUUCCGGGUUUAAGUUCGGAUGGAUUCAAGGAGUUCUUUUAAGAUGUCUUCUCAAUAUUUGGGGGGUAAUGCUUUUCCUACGGCUCUCCUGGGUCGUCGCACAAGCAGGCAUAGGAGAAGCAAUUUUGUUAAUAUUAACCACGACGACUGUAACAACAAUCACGUCGUUGUCCAUGUCAGCAAUCAGCACAAAUGGCCUGAUCAAAGGAGGUGGGACGUAUUACAUGAUUUCCAGAUCGCUGGGUCCGGAGUUCGGAGGAUCUAUAGGAUUAAUAUUCUCCUUAGCAAACGCUGUAGCCUGUUCUAUGUAUGUCGUUGGAUUCUGUGAAAGCAUGGUCGAUUGUUUGAAAGCUAAUGGGAUUUGCAUCGUCGACUGCGAUAACACGGACAUUAGAAUCAUAGGCUGCAUCACAAUAGUUUUGUUAUUGCUGAUCGUUAUGAUCGGAUUGGAAUGGGAAGCGAAAGCGCAAAUUGGUUUGUUAGUCAUUUUACUAUUGGCCAUUGCUGAUUUUGUCAUCGGCACUUUCAUUGGACCUAAGGACGACGAGGAAAGGGCUAAAGGAUUCAUAGGAUAUAAUGCUAAUUUGCUGGAGGAGAACUUUUCACCGGAUUACAGAUACAGCGAGGGGGUGGAACACAAUUUCUUUUCAGUGUUGGCCAUUUUUUUCCCAGCAGCCACGGGCAUCCUGGCAGGUGCGAAUAUAUCCGGCGACUUGAAGGAUCCGCAAACGGCUAUUCCUAAGGGGACAUUGUUGGCCAUUUUUCUAACGACGAUUUCUUAUCUUCUAAUGGCGCUUAUGGUUGGGGCAUCGGUGAUGCGAGACGCGUCUGGUGACGUGAACGAUCUGUGGACUGUUUUUAACAGCUCGUACGCUGGUUUGUCGAGCUUCAACGCUUCCAAUGAAACGACCGAGAUUCCGAUUGCUACUCAAAAUCAAAUCGCAUGGUCGAGAUACGGCACGAAAUUUAAUUGCACAGGGAAUUGCCAAUACGGCAGCCAUAACAGCUUCCAGGUGAUCGAGUUGGUGUCUGCUUUUGGGCCAUUGAUCUACGCCGGGUGCUUCGCAGCUACUUUGUCCAGCGCUUUGGCGUCGUUAGUCUCUGCCCCAAAGGUGUUCCAGGCACUUUGCCUGGACAAAUUGUACCCUGGGAUAGAGUGGUUCAGCGGGGAGAAGGAUAAGGAACCCAUACGUGGAUAUUUCUUGACGUUUGUGAUCGCAGUUGGGUUCAUUUUAAUCGGGGAACUGAACGCCAUAGCUCCGUUGAUCUCAAAUUUCUUCCUGGCUGCGUACACCCUGAUUAACUUCAGCACGUUUCAUGCCUCGCUCGCGAGGCCCAUCGGUUGGAGACCCACGUUCAAGUAUUAUAACAUGUGGCUCAGUCUAGCCGGCUCUGUUCUUUGCGUUUCUGUGAUGUUCUUGAUCUCAUGGUGGACAGCGUUGAUCACGCUAUUCGUAGUUCUAGCGCUCUACUUAGUAGUCUCGUAUAGAAAACCAGACGUGAACUGGGGAUCCACCACCCAGGCACAGACGUACAACAACGCGUUGAACGCUGUCCAGCAAUUGGACAGGGUCGAGGAACACGUGAAGAAUUACAGGCCUCAAUUGUUGGUGCUCACUGGGAAUCCGACCGCCAGGCCGGCGCUCGUCGACUUUGCGCAUCACAUUGCCAAGAAUAACAGCCUCUUCAUCUGCGGUCACAUCAUCGAGACCUCGAUAUCGUAUAAAACGAGGAACGCUUUGAUCGCAAAUUGUAUUUCCUGGCUCAGGGCGAAUAAAUUGAAGGGGUUUUACUCGCUGGUCGAUGGCGCCAACUUCCAAGAUGGGACCACCUCCUUAUUGCAAGCUGCCGGUUUGGGCAAAAUGAGACCGAACAUCUUAUUGAUGGGUUAUAAGCAAGAUUGGGCGACUUGUUCUCAGGACAACUUGAAUAUGUACUUCAACGUGAUGCACAAAGCUCUGGACAUGCAUAUUGCAGUGGCGCUUCUUCGGGUGAGCGAAGGUUUAGACAGUGGCACAGUGGCUGGAGAUGCUGAGGAGCAGAAGAAGAACGCGCAGAUUCCGCAGACUCAAAGCUUCUCUCAGCUCAGUCAAGCUAGUAGCACGUCGGACAUUUCUAUCCCCGGAAGUCCAGCGCCGAGGAGGUCUAAGGCGAUUAAUGAUUACCCGAAUCCCAUCCCUGAAGAGCAACGUGAAACCAGGCAGGCUUUUAUACCAGUAGCGAAAGACAUACUUAACGCUGUGACCAAGUUCCAACGUAAGCAGAAGAAGGGUACGAUCGACGUCUGGUGGUUGUACGAUGAUGGUGGCUUGACUCUUCUUCUACCGUACAUCAUCAGCACCAGGCGAAAUUGGGCUAAUAAUAGACUAAGAGUGUUCGCUCUUGCGAAUAAGCAUUCAGAGCUCGAAUAUGAACAGAGAAACAUGGCUAGCCUUUUGUCGAAAUUUCGGAUAGAUUACUCAGCCCUGAAGGUCAUUCCUGACAUUUCUAAACCUGCGCAAACGUCGUCGAGAAAUUUCUUUGAUUCGUUGAUCGAAAAUUUCAGGGUGACAGAAAAUUCGAAACAGACAGAUGAUGUUAUCAAGGAUUCGGAAUUGAUUGCUAUGAGCGAGAAGACUAACAGACAUUUGCGUUUAAGGGAGCUCCUGUUCGAAAAUUCCAUGGACGCCAACUUAGUAGUGAUGACGUUGCCAAUGCCUCGAAAGGGUGCCGUCUCGGCUCCUCUUUAUAUGGCGUGGCUAGAGACUUUAACGAGGGAUAUGCCACCAUUUUUACUCGUCCGAGGAAAUCACACGUCGGUAUUAACUUUUUACUCAUAACGACGCAAACGCGAGACACGUAGUGCCACAGUAAUUAUCGACAUUCAUUCAACUAUUUUUCAUAUCUAAGAUACGUGCAGGAUGUCGCAGAAUAGAAGUGAUUCUGAACAACAAUUUCCUUUGGUACAACGCAAAGUGAGUUAUGGUUUUUGAAUUAUUGACGAAAAACGCUGACUAAUGAGAGUACAGCCACGGGAAUGGCGGAUUGUGACGCUCGGGCAUUGGUCAGUGCGAGCCCUACACGAACUCUCAUUGGUCAGUGUUUUUCGUUAAUAAUUAAAAAACCAUGUCUUACUUAGCGUUUUGACACUUUUUCUGGGACACCCUGUAUAGCGCGGGCCAAUUUUUUAAUGUAUUUCGACUAAGCGAGAUUUUUUGAUAACAUUCGAUGAUAACUGUUCCUAAAUUCCUCCAUCCAUCGAUCGUAGGAAAGAGUAAAUCGAUAUUUUAACGAAUACUUAAAGCUAAACGAUAUUUCAGAUAGCGUACGACAUAGCAAUAACUUUUAUUUGCUUCCAUUUAUUCAAAGUCUAAAUUUAUUUAUUUAAGAACGAUCCGAGUAUUCGACAGUAUUUUUCGACUAAGACUCUUUGAAUAACUCUAAGCAAAUAUUAAUAAACAUCGUAGGUGAAUCUAACAAUAAGUUCGGUAAUAAAUAAAUCAUGUAAAACGUUUAAUAUGCAUUGCGCGUGGGUCUGUUCACUUUGUAAGAGGACGUCGACAAUGUUUUGUAACUACUUUUUUCAAUAAACACGCUAUUUUAUUACGUAA